AUGAUUGGCCGAAACAAAUCAUCCACAACUUUAUUGGAUUCUAAUAAUAAUAAAUGUGUGAAUAAUAAUUUUACAAAUGCACAAGAUAUACUUGCUGUUGCACUAUUAACACGAAUAACAACAAUUGAUGGUUCAUCAUCAUCAUCUGUACCUAUGAUAACAAUUCAUAUUAUUCCAGAAGUAGCGCAAGCAUUACUUGCUUCAACACCAGUUGAUAAAGCAAAAUUCGCUGAAUUACUUCAUCAAGUUAAUGUGAAUAAUUCAUCUUCAACAACAACAAUAUCGGAUUCAAGGAGCACAAAUACCUCUACAAAUAUUUUAUUACUUGUUUGGACAUUAUCAUCCAAAAAAUUCACUUCAAUACAAGAAAAUACAAUUGCUGUACUUGCUAAUCUCUAUGGCGAAUUAUCACUUCGUUGGCCAGCUCUUUUUCGAAUAUCUACUAAUGAACUAAUCGAUACAUUAAAUGGCUUGUUUUUGAUUCUUUCGGAUAAUAAUACAAUAGAUACAAUAAAAUAUGAUGUUGAAUUUAUCGAAGAAUAA